UCCGUCGACCGACGAUGCAUUCGACCAAGUCAGCCGUGCUCCUGCUCGCCUUGGCCAUCAGCGCCAGCUGCGUGGUGGCCACACCGCAUCCGGAAUUCUUGGAUGACAUCUUUGACGCCCUCAACAGGACUGGGCAGCACAUCAUCAGCGGGUUUUUGGAUGCCACCAAGAAUGGUACGGCCAUAGCUGAAGAGUUCCUGGACAACAUAAGGAAUUCCUCUGCCCAGUACUACAACGAAACGCUGGAGUUUGCCCAGAAAAUCGAAGAUGCAGUUCAUAGAGCCGCCACCGAGGGAAUCACCGACUUCUCCGCGGCUCUGGGAGCUGCCAUCGACGUCUUGCACCAGGAGAUUGAUCGGCAAAGAAACGUCUUGCAGCGAAAGCCGCUUAAGGAUGCCCUCGCAAGACUGCAGGCCAUCCAAGCCACCGUAAACGAUCUGGAAAAUGCCGUGAAUGACCUCAAUGAUGAGAUAGACGAGAAGAAAUUACAGUAUUCCGCCAUAAUCCAGGAGAAGUGGAUCCAGUGGGCUGACGCCCAAUUGGAGCGAGUGGAUGAGCAGACGAAUGGAGUUGGCACCGAGGAGGCCGAGGAGAUCCUUGAUGAGCUGCUCUCCCGGUAUUCCGGAUAUCUGCACAGCUGCUUGGAGGAGUUGCAAGUGCAGAAAGCCUCGUAUGAGCAAAAUGUCCAUGAGGCCGUCGUCAAAUACCACAAUGCCACCAACAAUCUAACCGCUGAGGUCAGGCUCUGCCUCCAGUCCAACCUCAACUUCCUGUCCUGCCGUAAUGGCAUCAAUAGGGCGCUACGCGUCCUCUCCUCGGCUCCCGCGGACUUGAUUGCCCUGAAGCUUCAAGGCAUCCGAGUGCGGGCCAGCGGCCUGAAUGCCAGUGGAUGUGUGGGUCAGACCCUCGCCGAGCACGAGCUGGAGAAGCCCAACGUAGAGCGCGAGCUGGAUGAUAUCAUCGCACGAUACCAGGACGAGCAGGAAGGUUCUAGCUCUGGAGAGGAAACGAGCACCGCGAUCGUAUCCUAGUAGAAAUAUUCACCAUGUACUUUUAGGUGUCGGGUAGGUGCAGCAAAAUAAAUUACUCGUUAGUGCAACUAAAUUA